AUGAACGAGACCGAUUGCAAGCCUGACCCUGCAUUCGGUACGUCGCACAUGUGGCACUUCAAUCAGACACCCAGCAGCGACCUCUGGCGCACCAAAGUAGGACCCAUGCACUACGACGAGGAGGGGGGAGCCCGGUUCACCAUCAGCAAGCAAGGUGAAUCUCCCACCAUCGACACCAAGUUCUACAUCUUCUUCGGCCGCGUCAGCUUCUCGCUCAAAGCUGCCACAGGACGGGGCAUUGUCAGCUCCAUGAUGAUGCUCAGCGACAACCUGGACGAAAUAGACUGGGAAUUCACAGGCACAGACGACCGAGCGUCUACAAACUUCUUCGGAAAGCACAUUGAGUACUACGAAAAUGGCGAGUACCAUGACAUGGACACGCCCUGCCACGAUGACUACCACAACUAUACGACUGUCUGGACGGCGGAGAAGAUGGACUUUUACAUUGAUGAGAAGAUUGUCCGGACCGUUAGCCAUGAGGACGCCAAAGUCAACGACACUGACAUCUAUCCCCAAACACCCAUGCGCGUGUCCCUGGGCAUCUGGGCUGGUGGCGACCCUUCCAUGAACGAGUGGACUCGCAAAUGGGCCGGUGGUGAUACCAAUUUCGACGAGGGUCCAUUCGACAUGUAUGUCAAGGACGCCUACAUUGAGGACUUUAGCACCGGCAAGGAGUACGUCUUUGGUGACAAGUCUGGAACCUGGGAAAGCAUCGAGAUUGUCCCGGGCAAUUCGACCGCGUACGAGGCAUUGAAUCAGGAGCCUUCCAAGUCCAUUAGUGAAAAGUUCAACGCUCUGCCCCAGGCGGCCAAGAUCGGCGUCUACGCGGGAGGCGCUGCCGUCGGUGCCCUCGCCAUUGGCGCCCUCAUCUUCUUCUGCAUCAAGCAGCGUCGUCGUGGCGCGCAUGAAGCGCGGUCGGCUCUCCAGGCGUCGGAGACUGACCGAAGCAUCAACAGGUACAGCAAGAUGGGCCUCCAGGGCGACGACUUCUCCGAGAGGGCGACCGAGUACGAUGCUCAUGAGAUGAAGAGCACUGGCCAAGCUGGCGCCAAUUACUACAGCGUUCCCGCCAACGAGUCGACUACCUCCCUCGACAAGGCAGGCUGGGCGGGUGCUGCGGUUGUCGGCGCUGGCGCUGGCGCUGCGCUGCGCUCUCCCACUCAGAGUUCCUUCCAAGGUGCACGCAAUGCGCAGGGCGGCUUCGCUUCACCACCGCCUCCGGUCGGCACUGUGCGCUCGUCGAGUCCUGGGAUGAUGCGGUCACCUGGAUCCCCUGGGCCCCAGCAGGCCUAUGGUGCUUCUCGGAUGCAGCACGACUCGCCCUUUAGCGACGCCAAUGCGUACGGCCGUGUGCAGAGCCCUGGCCCUUCGCCAAUGUCGCCAUCCCAGCGAAGCUUCAGUGGUCAUUCUGGCUUCAGUCAACCGAAGGGCAGCCCAGGGCCUGGCGGGUACAGGCAGUAG